AUGGCGCGGUUCCCUGCGUUUGGGAGCAGCAGCCAGGAGGCUGCCAGAGAUCCAACUGUGCCUUGCAGCGCACAGAGGGACGUGAUGGGGCCACAGAGGGACGCGACGGGGACGAACCGUCCUUACCACCACGCACAAGGAUGGAGCCUGCACGUCCAUCGAGUGAUGGUGGGCAAGGGGGGGAAACGGAAAGCCUCCGCAGGAUUUUACAUUAUGUUGAGGAAUUUUGUGGGCUUAACUACAGCCGCUAUUGCACUGGUUAUUCGUGGCUGCGACACAUGUGCCGCAAUUGAACAAGCCAAGAGGAUGAAACCCCUCUGGGGGGAAGGGCGAUGGCAAAAGUAUAAAUAUGGGGAGGCCUGGCAGGUUGAUUACAUCACCUUGCCACAAACUCCCGAUGCUCCAGCAGCGCCAGCGCUGUGCCCCUCACUUUCCGUCAGGACUGAGAUGGGACAGCACGCGAGCAGAGCAGCGGUGCAAGCCGCCCCUCGGGGCAAACCGCAGCGCUUCUCUCCGCCCAUGGCUGCCCAGGCCACGGCCCGUCCCCAACCUCAACCCUCAUCCUCUGCGAUGGAGGAGAGAAACCCCUCCUGCCCUGCUGAGGCCAAGGAGAAGGACAAACUCCCCCAGGAGCCCACUGCUGUGCCGCCCGCUCCCCCCUUGGAUGCCUCUGGGCUGCCCAUGUGUGCUGUGGAGCGUUACGCGAUGGACAACAUUGAGGCCUUUCUCCGGAGCACAGAGCCUCAGAAUGAGGAGAAGAAGAUGAAGUUCCUGUGCAGCAUCCGCACCAUCUGCGGCUCCGCAGCAGAGAGGAACACGGUGCAGGAACUGCGCAUCUUCUGCCGCCGGAACGAACUUGUGGAGAACAUCAUGGUGCUGCUGGCAGAGGAGCCGCGGAGAGAGCUGAGCUCUGAACUGCGGCUGCAAGCGGUAGCCGCCAUCACCUCCCUCAGCAAGGUGGAGGGGGCUCUGGAGGAGAAGAUCCCUCUCUUUGUUGUGUGCUUCCGGAGCAUCUUCCUGCUUCCCUCAGAGCAGGACCUGGACACAAACCUUUACUCCAAGACCCUGAGGGCUCUGGAUGAGAUGCUGCACUCAUUGGUGUUCAUUCACCCCAGCGCCAGCAUCGGAGAGGAGCUGAAAGACGUCUUCCAGGUGCUGCUGCCCUUCACCUCCUUGCAGAGCUCGACCGUGCGCCAGAGGGCAGUGGGGCGCAUCUGGAAGCUGACCCAUUCGCUGGCACAUUACUGCCAGGAGAAGCCCCGUCACUCCUCGGAACAAUCCCCAUCUGCCAGCUAUGACGAGCUCCGCCUGCCCGUGCUGGGGCAGCUGGUGGGAUGCCUCAUCCUGUGCUGCGCUUUUGUCCAGGAGGACAAAACAUGCCGCUGUGCUUUGAGCGCUCUCCGUCACCUCUACAGAUUUGUCCUGUGGAGAAGCCGUAAGGCAACGGCUGCUGACCUCUGCUUCAGCUGCCGCUCAGAGCAGUGAAGAACCCCAUGGUGUUGGGGAGCUUUGCCGCACGGCCCCGUGCUUGGGGUCGGGGCAGCUGUCCAGCUCCCUGCAGGGCAGCCACUGCUCACGCACCUGCGCCUUGCUCUCCUUUCCAGGCUGGG